AAUAUCAUCAGUGGACUCUUGGGGGAGUGCAUACUCCGGUACGGUGGAUUGGGACUUGCACCUUUAAAGCUAACUUGUAGCUUGCACCUUAAAACGAAGAAGACUCCAACUGCGCCUUCCCGCGAGCCGUAGCGAGCAGCAUGCCAGGCCCCGCCCACUAGAGACUCGGUUGCUAGAUUGCACGCCGCACAUCAAUAUCUUUAUGAUCUACCCCCCUUCUAACGAUAACCACACCGAAGUCCAACAUAAAUACGAUGCCUUUGCCUCUGCAAGUGUUUAACUUCCAGGGGUCUGUGGAGCCCAUGCAGAUAGAUGCAGACCCCCAGGAGGACCAGCAGAAUGCUCCGGACACCAAUUACAUAGUGGAGAACCCAACGCUGGACCUGGAGCAGUAUGCAACCAGCUACAGUGGGUUAAUGCGCAUUGAGAGGCUUCAGUUCAUCGCUGAGCAUUGCCCUCAGCUCCGAGUGGAAGCCCUGAAAAUGGCCCUCACCUUUGUCCAGAGGACCUUCAAUGUCGACACCUACGAAGAGAUCCACCGCAAACUCACAGAGGCCUCACGGGAAGUGCAGGGUGUGCCGGACACCGUACCGGAAGGUAGUGUUGUUCCUCCUCCCCUGGACUCUGCCUGGGCCGAGUCCACAAGGAAAAAGGCUCUGCUCAAACUGGAGAAACUGGACACUGAUCUCAAAAACUACAAGGGGAACUCCAUCAAAGAGAGCAUCAGGAGAGGUCACGACGACUUGGGGGAUCAUUACCUGGACUGCGGAGACCUCAGUAAUGCCCUCAAGUGCUAUUCCCGAGCCAGAGACUACUGCACCAGUGCUAAGCAUGUCAUUAACAUGUGUCUGAAUGUCAUCAAGGUUAGUGUUUACCUCCAGAACUGGUCCCAUGUACUGAGCUACGUCAACAAAGCAGAAUCCACACCAGAGAUAGCAGAGCAAAGAGGAGAGCGAGACAGCCAAAAUCAAGCAGUCCUCACCAAAUUAAAGUGUGCUGCAGGGCUGGCAGAGUUGGCUUCUCGAAAAUAUAAACCAGCUGCCAAGUGCUUCCUGCAGGCUUCUUUUGACCACUGUGACUGUCCAGAGCUCCUGUCGCCCAGUAACGUUGCUGUGUAUGGAGGCUUGUGUGCUUUGGCCACAUUUGACAGACAGGAGCUCCAGCGUAACGUCAUCUCCAGCAGCUCCUUUAAGUUAUUUCUAGAGUUGGAACCUCAGAUCCGUGACAUCAUCUUCAAGUUCUACGAGUCCAAGUACGCGACUUGUCUCCAGCUGUUGGAUGAAAUGAAGGAUAACCUCCUGUUGGACAUGUACCUGGCCCCACAUGUCAAGACGCUGUACAGCCAGAUCCGGAACAGAGCUCUCAUCCAGUAUUUCAGCCCCUACGUGUCAGCAGACAUGACUAAAAUGGCUCAGGCCUUCAACACCACAGUAGCAGCUCUGGAGGAUGAGCUCACCCAGCUCAUACUGGAGGGGCUCAUCAACGCUCGCAUCGACUCCCACAGCAAGAUUCUGUAUGCGAGGGACGUGGACCAGAGGAGCACCACGUUUGAGAAGUCGAUCCACAUGGGCAAAGAGUUCCAGAGACGAGCCAAAGCCAUGAUCCUCCGAGCUGCUGUGCUGCGCAACCAGAUCCACGUCAAGGCUCUCAUAUGUGAAAAGUGCUGAUCCCAAAAUACACAGAAUCCGAGGAUUGGAGGUUAUUUGAAUUGAAACGGUGUCCUCUUCUCAGUCUCCACCCAGAGAAGGCAGCCAGGGUGAGCUGACACCAGCCAACAGCCAGACCAGGAUGAGCACCAACAUGUGAGGAGGAAGUCCUCUUCAAAGUCUGCAAGCUAACUCUGCUGACGACAGCCGCAGACCGCAGGGGAGGGUCCCCGUGUCAUUUGUCAACACCAGCCCCGCCCACUUCGUGUUUCUCUAAGGACAGAAACACCCCACUGUAUAAAGACUGUAAUGUUCUGAAUCCCCAUCAGGUUAAAUGGGAAAGUCCUUGAUUAGUCUGAUGUGGAUGUUUUGCUCAGCACUUCAGCUGCGUUACUGUUAGAAGAUGCACUUUGCUCUGCUUACACAUGAUGGAGGACUCAUUAACAGAAACCAGAUUUUAAAAUAAACCACCUACCUGA